AUGGACCCCACGUUCAAGAGCAACAACCAGCACCAGCGGUCGGUGCGGUUCGCCCCCACCCCGCAGGAGCAGCGGCUGCGGGCGGCGGCGGCGGCGCUGCGCCGCGCCCUGCUGGUGGCCCUCUUCUGGCCCCUCAUCCUGCCCUGGCGCGCGGCCCUGCUGGGCGAGCGUCUGACGGCCAAGGGGCUGGGAGGAGGCGCAUACGCCGCCGCCGCCGUAGCGCACCUGCUGCUGAGCCGCGGCGGCGCGCGGCGCCUGCUGUGGGGCGCAGACCGCGUUCCCUCCGACGUGCUCCACGCCGCCAUCGAGGCGGCCGCCGCCGCCGCCCGCGCCGCCGCCCCCGCCGCCGAGCCCGCCGUGCCGCACCCGCUCACCCCUCCCGUGGUGGCCCCGGCGGCAGAGCCGGCUGCAGUGGCAGAGCAGGCUGGCGGCACGGCGGCGGCGGCCCGCGGCCACCCCGCCGUGGCGGCGGCUUACGCCUCGGCCCUGGCCCGCUCCCCCGCCCCCGCCGGCCCGCCUUCCCUGGAAGGGGCCGUGGAGGAGUGGCAGGCGGGGGUGGAUGCGGCCGCUCGCGGGGCGGCAGGGGAGGGGGGGAGGGAGACGGGGAGGCACCACGUGCAUGCCCCCCAGCUGAGCUGGCAGGGGCUGCAGGACAAGAAGGCGGGGCUGCGAGCGCUGCAGGCCAAGGAGGAGCGGCUGCUGGCGGCCUUUGAGCCCAAGGGCCCCGAGGCGGCGCAGGCGGCGGCCGCCUGGCUGGCGGCCUCCGAGCCGCUGCUGGCCACCAGCAGCACCGACCUGGGGGCAGGUGGCGGUACCGCAGCUGCCGGCGCCGGCACCAUUGGCGGUAACGCUGCAGUGGGCAGUCGCCCGCCUCGCUCCGCCUCUGCUGCCAGCCUGGCAAGCAGCGGCGGCGCCGGCGCUGCAACCACUGCCGCGGCUGUGGGGGCAGGCGGGGCUGCGGGUGCAGGAGCAGUGCCAGGGCCCGCCGCCGCGCCCAGGCUGCCCCCGGGGCUGCCGCCGGGGGCGCGCCCGGGGCUUGUGGGCCGCUCCGCGUCCGCCGCCAGCCUGGGUGGCGGCAGCCGCCCCGGCACUGUUGCCGUCAGCACGGGCCGCGCCUCUGCCGCCUCUGGCGGCGGCGGCGGCGGCUAUGGCGGCGCCAAGGCUGAGCGAGUGAGCAGCUACCCACUGCCAGACCUGGAGCUCGAAGCCGGCGGCAGCUCCAGCCGCGGUGGGGAGGAGGAGGCGGGGCGCGGGGCUGGGGCCGCCGCCGCCGUGGCACGCACCACUGCGGGACCCUUCGGCGGCACUACACUCAGCGGCGGCAGCUGCGGUGGCGGUGGCGGCGCCAUGCCGGGUGGGGGCGCCGGGCCAGGGGCCUGGAACGGCGGCGCCGGGGCGUCGGCGGCGGCGCCAGCUGGCGCUGAGGUGGCGGGCGCUGAGCUGGCGAGCGAGGACUCUAUGGAAAUCACGGGGCACACCAAGCGGGAGAAGCGCUGA